AUGAACCCAGGGACGAGCAGUGUGAAGAAGCAUCGAGAGCGACCCCCAGAUGGACCAAACCCACGCGCAGCUGUAUCCCCCGCGUUCGGCGCCGACGUUCCCCCACCGCCGCCACGCCCAAAAGAAAGGCCGAAGGGGAUGCUAAAGGGGAAUACAGGAGGGGAUAAAGCCAAGGUGAAGGACGAGCCACAGAGAAGAGCUGCACGGUUGUCUGCUAAACCUGCUCCUCCAAAGCCAGAGCCCAAGGCUAAGAAGACCCCUGCAAAGAAGGGAGAGAAGGUGCCCAAGGGGAAGAAAGGGAAAGCUGAUACCGGUAAGGAUGCAAAUAAUCCCGCGGAAAAUGGAGACGCCAAAACAGACCAGGCCCAGAAAGCCGAAGGUGCUGGAGAUGCCAAGUGACGUGUGUGCAUUUUUGAUAACUGUGUACUUCUGGUGACUGUACAGUUUGAAAUACUAUUUUUUAUCAAGUUUUAUAAAAGCAGAAUUUUGUUUUACAUUUUUU